AUGGAAGGCCCACGCUCUGCUCCGGGCAUGAUGAGCCCCAUGCUAUUCUUUUCAUGCUUCUGUCUACUUGUGGGUGAUAUGCUCUUUGGAUUCGAUACUGGAAGCUUUGGGGGUAUUUUAGGGAACCCUGGCUUUGUGAGGCAAUUCGGCGCAUAUAGCUCGGUGACUCAGGCUUGGGGCUUUAGUUCCCUUCAUACUUCGCUUCUUACAUCCCUUCCCUUUAUUGGGAAAUUUCUGGGGUGUUUGCUUGCUGGUCCCUGGAUUGAGAGAUCCGGGCAUCGUGUUGUGUUCUUUGCUCUCUCGGUCAUCUCAGUCAUCGGCAUCAUCCUCGAAAUCACCGCAGCUGAUACUGGACCUGGCACUGGUCGAUUUGUUCAGUUUAUUGUUGGUCGGAUCAUCGUGUACAUCUCUGUUGGUCUUGUGGAAGUCAACGUGACAACCUACCAAUCCGAAAUCGUUCCGGCGUCUCUCCGAGGUCUUGUCAUUGUCUCUCUGCAACUCUUUCUCAAUGUAGGCGGAGUCCUCGCCACCGGUGUCAACAAAGCAUUUUCCACCAGUACCACCGCAAAGGGAUGGAAAACAGUUACAGGAAUCCAGUUCAUAUUUCCAGUUUUGAUUGUCUUUUUCACCAUAUUUAUACCCAGUUCGCCUCGCUGGCUUUUGUCAAAGGACCGUGAAGAAGAAGCUAUCGUCGCUCUUCGUCGUCUCAGAUCCAAGGCUGAUGCAACAAAUGGAAACUGCCAGGCUGAGAUAAGCGCCAUCAGAGAAGCACUUCACAGCCAUGUCCACAAAGCCCCUUGGUUGGACGUUGUACGCAGUAGCAAUUUCCACCGAACAAUCAUUGUCAUGAUCUACUACUUCUUCCAACAGGCUACUGGGCAAGCAUUCGCCUCAACAUAUCAAACAGUAUUCUACAAGACGAAUGGAUAUGCAGAUCAUGCAUUCACUUAUCCCGUCAUUAGCGGCUGUAUCGCGCUUGUUGGGGUACUCCCAGCAAUGUAUAUGGUGGACAAGCUUGGACGACGAUCAUGUCUGAUGAUCUCAUUCUUCCUGCAGGGCCUAUGGAUGUACUUACUAGCCGGAAUCGGUGAAUUAAGCCACAAGACUCCCACAGAGAAGAAUUUUGUCGUCGCUGCUUUUAUGCUCUUCGGGUUUAGUUACAAUAUGGGCGGUGCCUCUAUACCUUACCUGCUCGGCACUGAAUUGCCCAACGCGGCUCUUCGCGAAAAGACACAGGCUAUAGGCACCUCAUGGAAUGUUCUAUGGGCCUUUGUCACCAACUUUGCGAUUCCGUACAUGAUUGCCGAUCUUCACUUUCAACUUGGGUGGGUGUUUGGUAGCAUUUCGGUUUUAGCCUUGGUGUUUACGUUUUUCUUCCUUCCGGAAACCAAGGGGCGUGUGCUUGAGGAUAUUGACAAUGUCUUUGCAACAUCGAACAAUAUCUUCAAUCAAUUCAAGGACCCUAACGGAAAGGUUAUGCGGGAAGAGGCAAUCGAGACUAAUGGCAAGGACAUCUAA